AAAACCUUCUCCACGUCUUCUCCCAACAAAAAAAUAAUGGACACUUCUAAACCCGCCUCCAACAUUCCGGACCCGCAUCCCAACUCGAGCGCAGCACCAAAUGCCAAAGUGCGGUCUGACAGCCAGCAUACAGACCAGCAGUCGAGUGCUUCGCACGACGAGGCCAAGCAAGGAGAUGAGCACCCAGCGAAGCAGCCCGACUUCCAGGAACAGCCCAAGAGGACGACGGGGAUUGGGGGUGGGGAGCAGGUAAAAGGGGGAAAGGAGGGGUUGGGUGAGAGG